GGCGUGCAGGCGGCCAGCUGUAUCCCGUUAUCAAUUGCUCCUGGUGUGCCAUAGCGUGUUUCAGCUAUCCUUGAGCUAGACGGUCUGGAAACAUGGGGAAAGCCAACAGAGGAGGACAGAAGCGAAAGGAAGCCCCUGCGCGGAAGCAGCUGCAGGGAAAAGGCGGAAACAGCGGAUUGCUACAUAAAAACAACCACAAACAUGGGGCUCAUCGUGCGGCAGGGUUCGACGGCGCGGCUGCCAUGGGGAAGAGAACGCUGGCCCAGCAGCUGUUGCAGCCGAACAAACGAGCCCGCGGCGGCAAGAGGCGUCGGAAGUCCAGUGGUACUCCCUCCAAGCCGGGAUCGUCGGAGACUGCCGUGAUCCAAGCGGAGUACGCCGCCGUAGACGCCCGCGAGAAGGCCAAGGAGGACUCGGAAAAAGCGAGACGUGUGCGCGCUCCCGUGAGGAUCAGGCUCGCGCCUUCGACGACGGAGCUGCGCAUGCCGAGCGAAGGCGAGGUGUCCAUGGCGUCGCUCCGAGCGUCGAGCUCCGCUCGCAUGGUGGAAGCUCUUCUGCAGAGCAUCACCGACGAACCGGCGCCGGACGCGCCGCCGUCUCGGCCCGUUCGCUCUGCCGGCCGCAAGCGCAAGGGAAACCCGUUCGCGGCCUUGGAAGACGACGGUUCCGAUUCCGAUUCCGACUCCGACCACGGGUCCUUGGGCGCAGCGGGAGGCCGCGUUGGCAUCAUCUUGAACGGUCGAACGUCGAACUCGAAGCCUGCCCAGAGAACGGGGGGACUGUUCACGAACAGCACCGGUUGCGCGUUCGGCAGCGGCCCGCCAGCGGAGGAGGGAGGCGGUCUCAUGGCGUUCGCGUCUCCAUCGAGCUUCGCCGGAUUUGCUGGCGCUGGGGGCGGCACGGGGGCGCGGGGGAUGGGAUCGGUGGGGUUUGGAGGGUCGAAAGUGGGUGCGCUUGCUGGUGCUACUGCCGCGGUGGCGACGAUGGGAGCAGGGCCCCAACCCGCCGCUUCAGUAGCGAGUGUUGGUGGUGGUGCCGGCAAUUCCGAUGACGAUGACGAUGAUGAUUCCGACUUGUGAAGUGGCUGGGUGGUGCCAGAGUGGAGCCCGGCGUUGUGCGGGGGCAGUCCGACCCCGGCACCUGCACAGGCCAGCUGAUUAGUUGUGUUCGUGUGGUGACAUACAGACACGAUGAUGACUACUGCCACGCGUUGGGUCUUGAUGGCGUUUCGUUUUUCCUCUUCUGAUUCCUCUUUAUCUGACGGGUGACGGAUUGACGGGUGUCUUGCGCCCUUGGGUAGGUUGGUUAAGUGUAGGAGCGACAGCCUGGCGCAGAGGCACUACUGUAUCGGCCAUUUUUUCGUUUUUUGUGCACGGUCCGUGCCGUAUGCGUGCUUCUUCGCUCGGUGUCGUGUAAGAGUGCGAGCGUAUGCAUGCGUACAGCAAUGACCCCCUUUUGCCCCGAAUAUGUGCAUUCGUCGAUGUCUGAAUGAUGAUUAGCUUUUCGAUGUUUGUAGGGCCUGCUGCUGCAGGCCUUCCCAAUUUGUGGGCAGCACAGCACCCAGACCGAUUGAUGUAUCGUGUUCGGCGGGGUGUUCUAACUUCGGGAACGGCGGGGACGGAAGCGGAAGCUCUUUUUUGCGAGCAGGGGAAAAGAUGGUAGGCAAGCCGUGGUUCCUUUCACCUGCCAAACGAAACCCGAAGCAUGCGUAUCUUGUAUCCCCCUUUUUUUGUUAUUCCUUGCAGCUGUAGACAAGGGGAUCGAUUCAGGAGACGGCGUGUACGGCUUUCACCAGCGACGGCGCGACCGGAACCAUCUCGUGCACGCGCUUCAUCACUCUGUAUAUCACGUAAUAAGAGAUGGAUGUGAUGUGGGACAACCUCUCACUACUUUUCUUCUCCAGCACAUCGCGUGGCAGGGAGAGCGCCUCGGCAAGGAUAAUAUCGUUGUACAUAUUACGAGUGGCGGAUUGAUCGGGUCAAGAGAUGGAGAAUAGGUCGUGUACGCCCGAUUCGUUUGGGUGGUGGUUGCUCUGCAUUUUCCCCUACGUCGACACGAAUUGUAGCGCCUUUGUUUGGUGAAUCCUACCGGUGUGCUCCGUACAUACGCAUACAUACCUGGCCAGCCAACCUUCCGGCUAUUUUUUGCUCGACCCUUGAUGGGGAUGAUGGAUUAUCUGCCCCUUUGGCUUGGCAGGCCGUGGUUUCAGGCAGGGUGCACAGAAGAAGUCCUUUUGGGUUGCGGUUAGUAAACAUUAUGUGUGCGGAGGCACCCCGUUCUGGCCGUGCGGCUAUCUACGGACAGAAAUGAAGAGAUAAAUGGAUUUCUGGCACGCAAUUCGCAGAUCCUCAUUGAAACAGAGUGGGUUUUGGUGUUAAUUCGCCGACUUCCGUAGCGGUUCCUUGCGACCCACGCGCAGCAAAUUGCUGUGUACUUUGUGGCACGACACUUGUCUUUUGGCGAUGGGAGCACCGCCCCUGAGAGCAUCAUAGAAGUAGUGGCGACGGGAGUUGAUCGUGGGACGUGAGACCGGUUCGUUCGGUGAUGGAGGGAGCGAACACGCACGCAGAUCAACAU